CACAAAUAUCCAGGAGAGUCUGUUCUCCUGCCCUGCUCCUGCUCUGACCAACACACCAAACCAGUAAGUGUGAAAUGGGAGCGUGUGGUCUCAGGAGGGACUGAGGUAUCCAAUGAGAUGGAGCUCUACAAAGGCAGAGUCCAGAUGUUUAAUAGGAACCUACCGGCAAAUCUCUCUCUACUGAUCUCCAACCUGACUGAACAAGACCAGGGAACAUACAGAUGUUCAAUCAACAACAACCAGUUCAUCGACAUCACUCUCAACAUUACAGACUGCAAACUGUCAGAGACUCAGGAGAAAGACAUUCACAAAUAUCCAGGAGAUUCUGUUCUCCUGCCCUGCACCUGCACUGACCAACGCACCACACCUGUAAGUGUGAAAUGGGACCAUGUAGACUCAGGAGGGACUGAGGUAUCCAAUGAAAUGGAGCUCUACAAAGGCAGAGUCCAGAUGUUUAAUAAGAACCUUCCAGCAAAUCUGUCUCUGCUGAUAUCCAAACUGACUGAACAAGACCAGGGAACAUACAGAUGUUCAAUCAACAACAAACAGUCCAUCAACACCACACUCAACAUUAAGGACUGCAAACUGUCAGAGACUCAGGAGAAAGACAUUCACAAAUAUCCAGGAGAUUCUGUUCUCCUGCCCUGCUCCUGCUCUGACCAACACACCACACCUGUAAGAGUGAAAUGGGAGCAUGUAGACUCAGGAGGGACUGAGGUAUCCAAUGAGACGGCAAUCUACACAGGCAGAGUCCAGAUGUUUAAUAAGAACCUUCCAGCAAAUCUCUCUCUGCUGAUAUCCAACCUGACUGAACAAGACCAGGGAACAUACAGAUGUUCAAUCGAGAACAAACAGUCCAUCAACAUCAGACUCAGCCUUAAAGAAAAGACAGAAAUCACGCAUCAGUCUGAUUGCUCAGGUUUGCUCAUCACGUUGAGUGUCUGCGUGGCUCUGCUGGUGAUUGUAGUGAUUGGAGAAUCAGCACUGAUCUACAAACUGAUCCACAACAGGACACGAGGGUCUGUAUCUACAAACACUGAGAGAAGAUCACAGAACAAAGCCAAUGGUGAUUAUGAAGAUCCUCUUGAAAAACAGAACAUCAGCAUGGGUCCAGUCUACCAGAGCCUGAACCCCAACACCAACCAAUCAGAUUCAGUCUACCAGAGCCUAAACUCCAACACCACCCAAUCAGAUUCAGUCUACCAGAGCCUAAACCCAAACACCAACCAAUCCGAUUCUGUCUACCAGAGCCUGGACCCCAAAACCAAAUAAAAAGAUUCAGUCUACCAGAGCCUAAACCCAAACACCAACCAAUCAGAUUCUGUCUACCAGAGCCUGAACCCAAAACCAACCAAUCAGAAUUGAUCUAUCAGCGGCUAAACCCCAACACCAACCAAUCAGAUUCCGCUUGCCAGAACUUAAAUCCAACUAGUCAGAUUCAGUUCCUAAACCCCAAGACCAACCAAUUUGAUUCAGUCUACCAGAAUCUUACCCCCAACACCAACCAAUCAGAUUCCGCUUGCUAGAGCCUACAUCCAAAUAAAAGUCAACCGGAGUAUAUCUGCGACAGUUGAGUCUUGCCAGAUAAUUAAAAUAAUUCUAUUAAAGUGUAGACCAGGAGUGUCCAGUCUUAUCCACAAAGGGUUAACGUUGCUGUAGGUUUUUAACCCAAGCAAGCAGGAGGACACCUUAUUCCACCUGUUUAAGUGGUCCCAGGCAUCAGGCUUUUAUGUUCUCACAAGUCCAAGAAGAACACAAUUCAAGGUUUGUCAAGAAUGAGGCGGCUUAUGAUAUCAACCUUCCUGCCAACUACUGGUUAGCAGAGCUUUACAUUGCUUCAUCUAUUUCCCCACUGAAAACUAGUUCUGGUAUGGAGGAUGAGUCCUUAGUUUCCCCACUAUCUGUUCCUGUUGGAUGCAAUGCAGUCUGACCUUUAAACUCUGAGAACAAGAGGACAUUAGAUUUUUCAGAUUCCUGAAGUCUUUCCUGUUUGAGAUCUUGACUAUGAUCAAACCACAGUGAUUAAGCACAGAAUUCAUAUUUCGGAUUCCACUGCUUUUAACAGAAGGCAAGUCCCUUCCAUCAUUCUCUUUUUGAAGCAGUCAGACUUCACCCUAAAGAACUUUGCAAUGCAAACACCAUCCAUGAAUCCCAAAGUUCCUUUUUGUGGUGUUUGUGGUGGAAAAUUGUGACAAAAAAAUGAAUUUGAGCCUCUGAGUCUCUAUCAAAGUGAGUAACAAGUUUAUUAAAAAGUGAACAUGACAAAAAAUGGAUUCUCUCUCCCUUUCCUAGAUCUUUCCUAUAUCUUUCCUAUAUCUUUCCUAUAUCUUUCCUAUAUCUUUCCUAUAUCCUUCUCUAGCUGUGUGUUGUGCUUCUUAUACCCUUCUGUCAUUCCCCCGCCCUUACGUUCCUUUCCUGGCAGUAAGCUUUAGUCAGCAUUAUUCUCAAUUGUACACCAUUCGUUUACAUGUUUAUCUUAUACGACCUGUUUACUGUGAACAUCCAGCGAGAACAUCCAGAUCCGACCCGUAGCCUUGUGGCUGGGCGCUACGCCUCUCUCGCUGCCUCUUAUCUUCACACUCUGUUUCUGUUCUCAUAGCGAGGUCACUUCCUCUUAUCUCAUGAGGCACAAAAAAUCCCGCCACCUCUCGGCCACUGUGACAUUUAGAAUCAUCCUUAAGCCUAAUUGCUCAAAAGGCGUAUUUCAACACAAUUCAAUACAUUUCCACGACAGCCUCACCAAUAGUUGCUGUGAAGGAGAAAAAUGGUACAAUCCCUCUCUGCGUUGAUUACAGAAAGCUUAACAAUCAGACCACUAAAGAUGCAUAUGCGCUUCCUAACAUGGAAGAGACAUUUUUAGCACCAACUGGAUUGAAGUGGUUUUCUGUUAUGGACUUAAAAUCUGGCUACUAUCAGGAUGAGGUUGAAGAGAAGGACAAGCCUAAAACAGCAUUCCUAACACCAAUGGAAAUUCUGGGAGAAUGCUAACAUACCUAGUACAUUUCAGCGCAUCAUGGAAAAUGUAUAUGCAGCAGGCAGCUCAAAGAAGUUAUUGCGUUUCUUGAUGACCUCGUUGCUUUUUUUCGAGUGCUUCAUGAAAUUUUUAUAUUAGUUUGGUUUAAAAUUCUCUGCAGAUUAAUUUUUCAUGAAAUCAGUCAAAUAUAUGGGACACAUUGUCUCUAUGGAUGUACUAAAAACGGACCCAUGGAAGAUCUCUGUGCUGAUAACCUUGCCAAAGCUGAUAAAUAACAAUGUGCACAGAGUCCUAUUUGGCAUUAACAGGAUAUUACAGAUGAUUUGUCAGAGAUUAUCCUAAAAUUGCAGAGCCUCUCAAUGACCUGGCAGCUGGCUGUAUUCCACUGAAAAACAUGAGCAUCCAAACCAGCUUCCUCUGCUGAUCUCAAGAAGCCUUUGGAUGGAAAGUGGACACACCAAUGUGAAGCUUUCCACACACUCAUUGAGAAAUUAACUACUGCCCCAGUGUACAGGUUUUCCAAUCCUCAGAUACUCUACAUUCUGCAUAGAGACGCUAGCCUCCAAGGCCUUGGUGCAGCCCUGUACCAAGAGCAAGAUGGUCACAUGUGGGUAACUGCAUGCGUGCGCAGAAGACUGUCCAAACGUGACAAAUGUUACCAACACAUAAGCUGGAGUUUCCAGCAUUAAAGUGGACUGUAACAGAUGUCAAAAACACCAGGUUUCUGGACGUACCUACUCUGAAGAAGACUUCAGCCUACCUGCCACUCUUGAAUACUUAGCCCUCAAAGUCAAUGUCAUCCCAGAUGAAUCUAUCUACUGAUCUACUCCUUGGCUCAAGCACUCUUCCUAGAAUGUCACAGCAAGACGGGGCUGAAGAGCAGGCAAAUGAUCUGAUUAUCAGCUGUGUCAUCAACAUCUUGGAACGUUUCAGUAGUGCUCUACUUGUAAUGCUGGAAACGCUUCAAGAGGAAGAUGAGGUGAAGUGGUGAGAACAUGUCCAGCCACUAUGGUCCACGUGUAUAAUUGUACUAAAAAUGACACCACAGGUUUUUCUGCUCAUCAGUUAAUGACAUUAUAAAGGAAAUUGAUGAUUCUUUAUUGUUUAUGUGGUGAAGGUUUUUUCUUCAGAUGGUCCAGAAAGAAAACUCCAUUAUGACUUGCUCCUGUCGUGGGCAUUCCUGGUCUCAAACACCUGCAGUGAAGAAAAUGACAAGGUCAAAGAGAAAAAUAAGGCACCUAGCCCAGAGUACAGCCUUAUAGCACUGAAGAGGUCUUGAACACAACUGUAACUAUUUGUUUGCGAUGUAUUUUUAUUUGUAUGUGGUUGUUGAUCAGACAAUAUAUUCACUUUCAUUACUUUCCUUAAA